CCGCCUCCUCGAUACCGGGCACGCGUUUCCGCCGAAUGCUGUUGAAUUAAGUGGUAAGCCCCCCAUGCAGGAAGGCGGGGAGUGUAGUGCCAGGCGGUUACCUGAGGCACCUGUCUGCGAGGGGGUGGUGUGUUCGCGCACCUAUUCGCGACUGACCCUGUCUCCCUGAGGACGGAAACGCAACACGGCAAGGAUGAAGAGGCUCCCCAUACUCGCGCUGCUCCUGUGGGUGUGCGCAGUGUUCUACGUGGGGAUCUUCCUGUUCGUGGGUGGCUUCCUCCUGGUGCGGCUGGAGGUGAACCGGAGCAGCUCCUGCGAUGACCUCCUGACCCCGGGGGACGAGGGGGCGCAGGACUUCUGUCGAGGGGAGCCCCGGUUCCGGAGGGCCGUGGUCCUGAUCAUCGACGCCCUGAAGAUCGACUUCGCCCGCUUCGACGCCCGCAACUCCGCCCCCAAGCCCUAUGAGAACAAGCUGCCCGUGCUGGAGGAAGUGAUGUCAUCGCUGCCGGCCCACUCCAGGCUGUACACCUUCAGAGCAGACCCCCCGACCACCACCAUGCAGCGCAUCAAAGGCUUCACCACCGGCUCCCUGCCCACCUUCAUCGACGUGGGUAACAACUUCGCCUCCAGUGCCAUCCUGGAGGACAAUCUGGUGCACCAGCUGGGCCAAGCCGGCAAGCGCGUGGUGUUCAUGGGGGACGACACCUGGGAGAGCCUCUUCCCCAAGAAGUUCCACCGCUCUCUGCCCUUCCCUUCCUUCAAUGUCAAAGACUUGCACACUGUGGACGACGGGAUCCUGCAGCACCUGUACCCCACCAUGGAGGGCAGUGACUGGGAUGUGAUCAUCGCUCACUUCCUGGGUGUGGAUCACUGCGGACACCGUUUUGGGCCGGAUCAUCCCGCAAUGGCUGACAAGCUCACCCAAAUGGACGAGGUCAUCAGGUCUGUGAUUGGUCGCCUGGAGAACGACACGCUGCUGGUGGUCAUGGGGGAUCACGGGAUGACGGACACCGGCGACCACGGGGGCGAGAGCCUGAAGGAGACGGACGCCGCCCUCUUCCUCUACAGCCCCGCCCCCACCUUCCCCGCCCCUGGAGCACAGGCGGAGCCCGAGGUGGUGCCCCAGACGGACCUGGUGCCCACGCUGGCCCUGCUGCUGGGCAUCCCCGUCCCCUACAGCAACAUCGGCCAGGUCCUCCUGCCCCUCUUCCCCCCGGACCCGCCUCCGAGUGCAGGUGCACCGUCCCAUCUCAGCCAGGCGGAGGCGCUGUGGAUUAACGCCAAGCAGGUGAGCCGUUUCCUGGAGACCUACACCCAGAUGGCCAAAGACAUUCCGCCGGAGGUCCUGUCCGUCCUGCGGGAGGACUUCUCCCGGAUCUCCUCGGAGUACCGGAGCUCCGCCCGCAGAGGAGCCCCGCCCUCGCCGGAGCUGGUCGCCGCCCUGCAGGGCUACCUGACGGCCGUGCGGGACACCUGCCGCGCCUCCUGGGCUCGCUUCCACCCCGCCAAGAUGGCCGCCGGGCUCGCCGUCCUGGCGGCGGCCUGCGCGCUCUGCCUCGCCGUCUCCGAGCUGGGGGAGGUGGGGUCCCUGUGGGGCCCGCUGGCGACGGGGGCGGGGCUGGCGGUGGGCGUGGCCGCGGCGCAGCUGGUCACCGGGGGUCACGCGGACGCCUCCUGGUGCCUGGCCGCGUUCGCCCUGUCCUCCCAGCUUCUGUUCCUGCGGAGGGCGUGGCACGCCGCCCGGAGGGGCGGGCCCAAGGGCGGGGCCGGCCGGAGGGCGCUCCUCCCCCAGCUCUCGGCCGCCCUCCUGGUGCUGCUCCUCCGCUGCGCCUCCCUGCUGUCGGACAGCUACGUGAUCGCCGAGGGGCGGGUGGCCACCUUCCUGCUCUUCUCCCUGGGCGUCUACGUCCCGCUGCGCCUCAACUGGGACGGGCUGCUGCUGCCCCCCGUGGGGCCCGACCCCCAGAAGCCCCUGGGGCUGCACCCGUCGCCCACGCUGUCGCCCUCGGCGGUGCGGCGGGAGAGCGGGACGCUCCUGGCCUGCGUGGCGGUGCUGGCGGGCUCGCUCUUCCUCUCGCUCUCCUUCCACGGCUGCCGGGACGAGCAGGGCUCCUGCGAGCCGUCGGCCUUCCUGGCGCCGCUGUCCCGGCUGCGGGACAGCCGCCUGCGCAACCUGCACUACCUCCUGUCCGUGGCCUCGCUGGCCGCCUGGACCUACGCCCUGCGCCGCUGGCUCCGUCACUACGGCAACCUGAACCGGGCGGGCCCCGCGGCGGUGGCGGCGCGCUGGCUCCUCCCCUCGGCGGCCGUGUGCCUGGCUCUGCACUGGGCCGUGGGCUCCACGCCGGAGGAGAGCUUCCGCGGCCUGGCCCAGCUCAUCGGCCUGGCCCUGCUGGCCCUCCCCCGGGCCGCCUUCGCCCUGCUGGGCCUGGGCGCGGCCCUGCUCUGGCUGGACCCGCUGACGGUGUUCCUGAAGACGCGGCAGCCGGCCCCCCCGCUGGCGGCGCCCGCCGUGCCGCCCCGCUACCGGGCCAGCACGGGCAUCAGCCCGCAGGCGGAGCUGCACCACCUGAUCCCGCAGCUGUACCAGCGCAUGCGCCGCUCCCUGGCGGACGGCGAGCCGGCGGGGGCCCCCGACGGCGACGGCAGGCCCGCCGUGGAGGCCUACGGCCUGGGCACGGUCUACUCGGCCCCCCUGCUGCUCCACUGGGGCCUGCUGGGGCUGGGGCUGCUCCUGCUGCACCCCGAGGGCAUGGCGCUCUCCUUCCUGCUCCUGCUGCUGGAGGCCGCCGCCCUGCUGCAGCUGCACGCCUCCUCCACCUCCCUGGCCCUCCUGCAGGGGGCGCACGCGGGCGGGUUUGGCGUGCCCUGGACCCCGGUUGUGCUGUGGGCGCUGGCCGCCCUCCAGUUCUUCCACGCCACGGGACACCUGCCCACCUUCCCCUCCAUCCAGUGGGGAGCGGCCUUCGUGGGUUUCCCCCAGGGCCACACCGGCACUGUCCUGCCCGCCACGCUGGUCACCCUCAACACCUUCGCCUCUCACAUCCUCUUCGCAGUGGGCUGUCCUCUGCUGCUGUUCUGGCCUCUGGUGUGUGAGGUGCGGGGGGGCCGGCGGGGGCGGGGCUCGGGGUUGGGGCCAGGCGAGGGGGAGGAGGGAGAGGACGCUGUCAUGGAGAUGAGGUUGAGAGAGAAGCCCCAGCAGUUCUCCUCCGCCCUGCUGCAGCUGGCCGCUCGAUAUCUCUUCAUCCACGGAGCGCAGGUUCUGGCGUCUGCCUUUGGCGCGGCCAUACUGAGGAGGCAUCUAAUGGUGUGGAAGGUCUUUGCACCCAAGCUGAUGUUUGAGGCCUCCGGCUUCCUGGUGACCAGCGCGUUCCUGCUCCUGGGCCUGGCGCUGGUGAUGCGGGUGGACGUGGCGGUCAGCCGCUGGUUUGAGAGGCUCCUCCCCGAGCAGUCCAGGUAGCGCCGCUCCCGUGUCCCACAAUGCACCGCUCCCACGCCCCACAAUUCACCGCUCCGGCUGGACGCGCGACUCCCGAGGGACCGAAUGAGACGGCGUACCGCGCAGUGGUCCUACUCCCGCCCCCGUAAGCCGUAGGCCAUCCGCGUGACCUUUGCCCAGGCGGGUACUGCCGUUCUCUUCCAGGCCUGCUCUCAAUUUUGCGGGCCGGAUGGGAUGUGGGGCGGGCGGGGGGAGGGGCACACGGUACUAACCUGACUCACCGGGACGUGCUAGACCUCAGUGCUUAUGAACAGGGGGGUUAUGCUGUAUUCACUGCUGGAAAGAAAGGGGAGGGGAAACUGCCUGGACGUGCAUAAUACUCUUAAGGGCUCCAGAAGCAUUGUGACCGCAGGGCCCUGUAGGUCCAAAGAGCGAGAGCCCCGACGUCUCAGACUCUCAGCCCGCUUUCACCGCACACUGCUCCAGCAGGCCCACCCCACCGGACCAAUGACGCGCGCAGCUCGUUUCCCUAGCGACGGGCUGUUUAAGGGGGGAUCCGCAAGAGCUGCAUACUGGGGCAGUGAGGUGACUACUGUGAAAACUACCUUAGAUCAGUGAACAAAUCUGACCUCUGCUGGACAGGCCGUUCUGUUUAUAUAUCGCGGGUGUCUUUGAGGUACGGUUUUAUUUUGUACAGGCCAUAGACUGCUACUGUGCGUACGGCUCUAUUGCGAGUAGGGUUUCAGCAAUAAGCGUUUCACUAGAACACCCUCUGACCUGUGAGCACAAUGUGGUGCGAGACAGGGGAUGUGGGAUGUGUACGAUCACAAAAAUACAAACACAAACUUUUUUUUUUUUUUUGUACAGAAAUGGAAGCUGGUGAUAUGGUGAUAAAACCAGUUUUAUAUGGAGAAACGGCGACAUGUUAGAAUUUUUAGGAACUUGGCCGUUACUGCUGCCUACCGUUUUACCUGUUUAUCAACUGGGGCUCUGCACACGGUUAAAAAAUGGCCUGGAGGGCCAUGGUGUCUGCUGGUCGUUGGUUUGUUAAAUGAUUGUUUUCUGUCGUUGAUUGGCUAAAGAGCCCCCUCGUCUUCUCUACGAAGCCUGAAUUGGCUGCUGAUAGAAGGGGAACCACAGAAACCUGCAGACACUGCAGCCCUCUAGGACUGGAGUUAAACCUGCAGACACUGCGGCCCUCCAGCACUGGGACAUGCGAGUUGAGUUUAUUUUUAUUCUGAUUACUGUGUGAGGGGGUUUGUGAGGUGAUGGAAACGUUUUUAAAGAGUUUUUGAUAUUGAAUCAGCAGUCUGAUUUUUUCAAAAGAACAAGGUGAGAGUUAUGAUUGAGGAAACUGACUGAGGACAGCAGGAGGAUCGUCCCGUCUGGCCAAUCAGAAUGGAGCUCAGGCGGAACGGGGCUGUUAAAGAGCACGGAUGGGCCCCACGGUCUGGCAGCGAAUCCCGACCGUGCCGGUGCUGACUGUGGCCUGGGGGGGUUCAGUCGACCAAGAUCUGUGUCUCAUCCCUCUCUGGCGACCCCUGCUGGUUGAUCGGGUGGCCACAGACUGCUUUCUGAUACUGCACAUGAAGUGUCAUCCUCCAUCUCAGGGCUGUUCCUGGAGAUCUACCAUCCUGCAGGUUUUCAUUUCAACCCUGCUUUGGCACAUCUGAUUCUACUGAUCGGCAGCUCAAUGACAUCUCUAGCUGUUGAAUGAGUUGUGCUCUGCUAGGGUUGAAAUGGAAAGGUACAGGAUGGUAGAUCUCCAGGAGCAGGGUUGGGCAGCCUUGCACCAACUCAUAACCUGUGCACGCUUGAUUUGCGGAGAUUGGAGUCUGUGUGUGGCUGUGCAUGAUUGGGCAGUCCAAAUUUGGGAGACAAAAAGAGACGCAUAGAACAGGAAAUGGAAACGCAGUCUGUUGGGGCUCCUUGUCGACGUGACGAUGCAGCAAAUCAAGGUUUUCUGCCAGGAUUUUGUCUGACUAGCUGGCCAUUUUAAAGAAUAAACAUAUUUGUUUGGACUAUGACUGUACGGACCAUUUUCCUGUUUUUUUUCUGUGAGACGCUGGUAUUGGUUCAAGACCAGAAAAGAGGGAACCCCAAGCAAGAACAGAUCUCACUGUCAAGUCCAAUCAUCAGUCACAUCCUAUUCAGAGUCGGUCAAGAAUUUAAUAUGAUGAGCUAUUUAUGAAAUGACACCGAAAUGUGCUGCUUUUCUUUCUUUUUUUUAAUGAAGCAAAAGUAUUUCUUUUAUUGAAUUAAUAAAUAAUUAACAAAUCUUACUAAUUCAAUUGAAAAUAAAACAUUUUGUACAUUACCCACUUUGUUUGGGUCGAUUAUCAUGCUUUGUCCACAGAAGUCAGUCUGUCCCUGCACGUGCACCAAGUGCUCAUUUUGAAUUGGCUGAAAACGAGCUGUGCGUUUUCUAUUCUCCUGUGAGGAACUGCAGCCCAGCACAUUUUCACUGUGAGCAAAGGAAAGGCAAAGGAAUCUGUACAUCGGUUUUUGGACAUACUGUAAGGUGAAACAAACCCCCCUUUAAAUUGCUUGGAAAUGCAGAGGAGAAAGAUUGCUUACUUGUUAUCCUGCAUUUGACCAAACUAAUGGGUACAAAGGGCAUCAUUGUUUGCGUCGGUGAACAUUUUGUGUGAUUCUUCAGCUAGACUGGGGAACAGGAUGGCCUCUCCUAUUUAACCUGCACCAGGACGAGACUGUCAUGUUCCCUAUCCUUCAGCUUGUACAGCUGAUUACCAAUGCCGCUUAACUCCCCCAUUUAGUCAGUCUUCCAACAAACUGCACUUUCUGUUUCAUUGUACCACUCUCUUUAACAUUUAAGGAAGCCAUUCCAGAGGAUGGCGCAGUAAAUGCUCAUGUUAUUUAUUUGAUAUGUCUGGCUGCUUAUGUCACAGAAAAUAUGCACCAUAAAGGGCAUUUUUUCCAACAGAGUAUUUUCUCCAGGCAGGAGGAACUUGCUGCGGUGAGAGAAAGCAGAAAUUGCAGAAGUUGCGCUGUAUGCACAGGUAUGCGGUUCGAUGGUGUGGUGUGAAAGGCAUGUGGCCACAACUCCAAUAGACUAACUAGAGCAUUGUUCUUCAUUGGCCUGUGGGCUGAAGGUGGCUCACAGAGGCCCAAAGUGGUGGCCCGUGGGGGAAUCCCCAACGCACACAAAGUCAAAAACUGCCGGGUUAUUAGAUUACUAGGUGGUCAGCUCAUGCAGUGCUUCAGCCUUUCCUACUUCCUGGCUGACGGAGGAAAAUGCUGUUCACGGAGGGCUGUCUCAGACUCUUUUGACACCAGAUACAUGGCUCCUAUGUUCCUUCCUAAUGGUUGCAGGUUCGAUUCCCAGGUAGGACACUACCGCUGUGCCCUUGAGCAGGGUACGUGUUGGUACUGCAUUGCUUCAGUAUACAUUCAGCUGUAUGAAUGGAUACAAUGUUAAAACAAGCAGUGUCGCUCUGGAUCAGACAUCUGCUAAAUGCCCUUAAUGUAGUAUGAGUACAGAAUGUCCAUUGGCACAAUAUUGACUUUGGUCCUGCCCCUUGAAUUAAUUUUUAGAUGAUGCAACAAAUGGGUGUGUCCACAUAUACAGCAGAAUAUUCACUACUUGUACAUAUUUUGAUAUUCAUUAUCCCCUUCCUGUUGUUUCUCCCUGCGUGAUACUAGAAGGUUUUGUUUGUUUAUUGCAGGGGUCCUCAAUCUCAGCCUGAAACUUAGCCAGUGCGGGUUCAGUCUUUCAUUCCAACCAAGCAGUAACUCGCAUGAUUCUACUAAUCAACCACUAAAGUCUCUGCUAAGGACCUUGAUUAGUAGAAUCAGGUGUGUUACUGCUUGGUUAAGUCUGCACCCCCACUGGCCUUUUAUGGAUAAGAUUGAGAACCUCUGGAUCAUGGCAUUGUCCUUGAUUGUUUUUAAAGCACAAUCAUUGUACCACAUCACUAUGGAGAUGUGCAGUUUUAUUAAACUUGAUCAGUCAAGCAGUUCAAAUUCACUACUGCGCUCACAGGUAGUAGUGCAUCACCUGCAGUCUCUGAGUGAGAUGUCCAGUUCCCUAACCCUUACACUUUUCUACUGUGGCUAUCUGGUUCUUUAAUGGCACCUGAUCCUGGCAGCCUGCAGAGUUUUCUGAAGUUUUUUGUUGUUGAUGUUUUCACCUUAAAAUCAGCAACUAAUUCAGACUCACGACACCUGACUCCAGGUAAGGUGAGUUAACAGCAUAAUCAGCUGCUUGAACUGAUAUGUGAACUGCUAAAAUGAGUGAUAAGAUUUAGUUGCUGUUGCAAAGAUGUUUUUUCAAGGAACAAACGUGUAUGACCCAGAAAUUUACUGAAUUUAUAUAUAUUUUUUGACUUAAUGGAAAGAGUCAUAACUUCUUGAAGCACCAAUGAGUCAAAGUCCAUAAACUUUACUGAUCCCCAGUAACUGUUUGCUUUUAACCUCAAACUAAGGUGUGUUCUGGAUGACUUGAUAACCCAUGUUGAUAUUUUAUUUACCUACAGAUAUACAAUCCCAUUUAACUCAAACAAAAUCUUUACAUUUAAAAAACUUUUUGCAACAGCCUUCUGUGACUUCUGCAUUUUCACAUAUUUCUGUGGAAUUAAUUCCACUCUUCGUUAUUGUACAUUUCCAUUUGUAAUGGAAAUGUAAAUACACAGAUAAUUUGCAUCAGCUCUGUACAUUUCUGCAUCCAAGGAACAAACUAAAAUGAAAAAUGUUUCCUUGUGAAUUUAUUAAAAGUGGUCAAUUUCCUGUCCUUUUCUCUAAAUGGCUUUACUUUCCAAGACACACUUAAGUUUGUUGUGUUGGGUGCCUAGUUUUUAGAAUAGAGAAAAUGAGAGGGAGACUGUGUGUAUUGAUGCAGGCUCAUCAUUCAUGGUCCAUAAAAUAUAUACUGACACAAAGUGGUCUGUUCUGUUUGACCCGAUCAUCAGUCUAUGCCCGUUUCUCUCUCUCCUGCCCAAACAUCAAAGGAAAAUCCUUAGGCACUCAUAAAGAAAUCUUAUGAAGAUUAGUCCGGUCUCGCCUCUCCUGAAAGGUUUUAUUACCUCUCUGAAGAAAUACCAGAAAGCAAAACUAUACAAAGUGUUAGGGCCCACCAUGGCCCCAGCCUACCCCUGGGUCAUUGUUGCCUUUUGGCUGUUGAUGUUUCAGUGCCCUAAGCUUUGGAUGAAGUCAGAAAGGGCAGUUGGUGACACUGAAGCUAUGUAAUGGGUCUUAAUUUCCAUGUGAUCAUACUCCGCUUCAGUGUUCAGGACUGCUGAGGGGAAUGCUUAAUUUUUAAGUCGAGUUUGAGUUGGAACAGCCGACACUGA